GCCGACGACUACGAGGUGGUGUGGCCUCCCAUCCCAAUGGGUGCAACUAUUUUAAAUUCAGUACUUUUGCACUGCGAUUUGAGAGGCCGCCCCUAUCGUAUUGAAGAUUUCCGGCAAGAAUUGAAGCGGUGCGCCGUCCUGUCCGAGAUUGUGGCGCUCGGUGCUUUCCAGAUGAACCAUGUCUGGUUAGCCACGCUGCGAACGCCGGAAGCCAAGAAGCGGCUCAUCGACUGCAAAGAGUUGAAGGUGAAGGACCUGAGGUGUGUUGUCAUCGACCCCAGCAGCACAGAAGUUCGUCUACGCCUCCAUUGGGUCCCGUAUCAUGUGACCGACGACGCGGUGAGCAAGUUUUUGGAACCCUACGGCAAGGUUAUAGAAGUCGCACGUGAGAAAUGGCGCGUCGAGGGAUUCGAAGGCAUCGAGUCGACUACCCGGGUGGCGCGCAUGACGCUGAAGAGCGGCGUCACGCCCGACGGAAUGCCUCAUCAGCUGCGGCUUCAGGGGGCGAACGUCCUUAUCGUAAUCCCAGGGAGGGCGCCGGUCUGCCUGCGCUGUAAGCGUGCCGGGCACAUCAGGCGCGACUGCCGCGUGCCUAAGUGCUCGGUGUGCUCACGUUUCGGCCACGAGAAGGAAGAGUGCGUAAAGACCUACGCCCGAGUAACUGGUGGAGCGGCGGCGGAAGACCUUUCGCCCCUAACCAUGGAUGUCGACGAGGCUGAGCGUUCCGCUCAGGGACAACAAGACGAAGCUCCGCCGUCUGGUGAGCCCUGCAGUCAUCCUGUUGGAGCGGACGGCUCGACUGAAGUCUCGCCUGUAAAGGACAAGAAGGAGGUGGCUGGUGGCUUUCCUGAACCGGACAGCGCGGCACUCCCUCCCUCGGCGACGCCAAUGGAGAAGACCGUAGCCCCGCGCGAGGCCUCCCCCCCCGACUUUCGAGAAGGCGCCUUCCGAAGGUCACGACACUAUGGACGAAACCACCGAGUCCAUCAAGCGUGGUCUCGACGAGAACCCUCCAUCGACGCCGGGCAUGACACCCAGGCCCAACCCUUGGAUGGAGAGGACAAAGAAGGGGCGUUUCCAGCCCACGCCCACCUUAACCCCAGAUGA